AUGGUUGAUGACCGUCUCCACAAUACUACUGGUACCUGGUCUAAGCACAUCGAUACUGUCGAGUUUUCAUUGAAUUCAACUGUUCAUUCAACUACCGAGUACACUCCGUUCAAGAUCUAUUUGGGACACAAUCCGUUAACACCACUCAACCUCGUCAAAGAAUCGGAUGCUCUGGUCGACGUCACAGACAAGCAAAUCAUUGAAUCUAUUAAGGAAAGGAAAGCAAUCAUUAAGUUAGUCAAACGGAACAUCUGUAUUGGAAAUCAAGAAAUGAGAUUUACAUGGAACAAAGGUAAAAAAGAAAACCAAAUCAAGGUAGGUGAUUACGUUUUCUACAAUAAUAAUAGAGAUGAUGUGAUUGGAAAAGAUGGAAUAAGUACAAAGAAGAAGAAGUUUAAUUCGAAACACAUAAUGUUAUACGAUCCAAAGAUGAAUGAUAAUUUAAUUAAUGAUGUCGACGACUUAUUAGUCGAAAACGGUGCUACGGCGGAGACCGAUCGGGGUAGUACCGUUGGCGAUAGUUCAGACGACUACGACGAUAUUGAUUUUGAUAAAUUAUUCGAUAAACGACGACUUCAUACCAAACACUCCCUCUAUUAUUGUCAAAGUUCUAGCAUACACCAAGUGGAGAAAGGAUAUUGUUGCCAUCCUCGCGCCAAGCGCAAGUUCACUCUUGGUACUUCCAAACUAGCUCGUGUCGAAUAUUUGGUUAAGGUUGGAAGAGCUCUCGCUUGGGUACCACUACCCGGUUAUACUCUAGCGACUAAGUUUAGUUCAGCUCAUUCAGUUUAA